CUUAUUUCCAAAGCCUCCUUCACUCGCCCUAGCUCCUCUGGUCAGGACCCAACAGCUUUGGCUGCUCUGGCCAACUGCAAGACUCCAUCUGGUCAGCCUGGUGGACCACGAGAUUCUCUAUCAGUUCUUAUCAGUUUAAAUCUCGCACUUGUAUAUAUACGCAAAGACAAUCCUGCGGCCUGUGAGGUGGAUAGUACAAAUAUUUGCUCAAAUAUUGCAGUUGGAUGUAAAGUAUUUGGUACUUUCUGUCAGUUGAUCAUUCGUGUUAACGGCUACUUCCAUUUACGCUUUGCCUCUUAUAUCCUGGUCUCCUUCAGGAUGCUUACCGCUUUCUCGCCUGAGAUGCUUGUGUACAUUGAUUGUAUGUCAGAACUUGCCAACAUUUCCGUUCCUGCCAGUCCAAUAUUUUGGAUCGUAUGA